GCUUGCAACUGCACCUACAUUCAUUCAACAUUUGAUAGUAGUUAGAGGCAGUGUGCAGACGUUUACUGAGCUACAGUAUAAGCCAUCAUGAUCUCCGAAUGGAUCUUAUAUAUCAUUUUUUACCUGCUCUCUGCUGUUUUUACAGCGUUUUUUGUGUAUUGCCUGUACAUUCAUCAUCUUCAUCAGAAAUAUGAUCAUAUACCUGGACCUCCAAGAGACAAUUUUCUGCUUGGACAUUCACCAUCUCUAACUAAAGCAGUUUAUUCCGACAACAACCUUAUACAUGACUUGUUUCUUCAAUGGGCAGAAAAAUAUGGCCCUGUUUACAGGAUUAACAUGUUGCAUUAUGUCACAAUAGUGGUUUACUGCCCAGAGGCUACGAAGACAAUCAUGAUGUCACCAAAGUAUACCAAAGAUCCAUAUGUCUACAAACAACUCUUUAACUUGUUUGGGAAAAGGUUCUUAGGAAAUGGGCUCAUUACAGCUGUGGACCAUGACAUCUGGUACAGGCAGCGUCGCAUCAUGGAUCCCGCCUUCAGCAGCACAUACUUACGAAGCUUGAUAAGCACAUUUGACGAGAUGUCAGAACGCCUGAUGGACAAGCUGGAGGAAAUGGCCAACAACAAAACACCUGCCGUCAUGCACGACCUGGUCAACUGUGUUACACUUGAUGUCAUUUGCAAGGUGGCUUUUGGUGUUGAUUUAAAUUUAUUAAAUCAAAAGGAAAGUCCCUUCCAGAAUGCAGUAGAGCUGUGCUUAAAGGGCAUGAUAUUGGAUGUCAGGGACCCAUUAUUUAGGAUUUUUCCUAAAAAUUGGAAGCUUAUACAGCAAGUUAGAGAUGCAACUGAACUCUUGCGUAAAACGGGAGAGAAAUGGAUACAAAACAGGAAGACAGCAGUGAAAAAUGGAGAGGACGUCCCCAAAGACAUUCUCACACAAAUCCUCAGAACAGCAGAGGAGGAAAAUGUUAAUAACACAAAAGAUCUUGAGCAGAUGUUGGACAAUUUUGUGACUUUCUUCAUUGCUGGCCAAGAGACAACAGCCAAUCAGCUCUCAUUUGCAAUCAUGUCAUUAGGGAGAAAUCCAGAGAUAUAUAAACGAGCUAAAGCAGAGGUGGAUGAAGUCCUCGGGACCAAAAGAGACAUUUCAAAUGAAGACCUUGGAAAAUUGACUUACUUGUCUCAGGUGUUGAAGGAAACCCUGCGUCUGUACUCCACUGCGCCAGGAACCAAUCGCUGGCUUCAUGAGGACAUGGUGAUAAACGGCAUUAAAAUCCCCAGAGGCUGUUCUGUUAUGUUCAGUUCUUAUAUCUCCCAAAGACUGGAAAAGUUUUUCAAAGAUCCGUUAAAGUUUGAUCCAGAAAGGUUUGAUGUGAAUGCACCAAAGCCUUAUUACUGCUACUACCCAUUUUCACUUGGUCCACGAACGUGUCUUGGGCAGGUCUUCGCACAGAUGGAGGCAAAACUUGUACUUGCCAAACUGCUCCAGAGAUUUGAGUUCAGUCUGGUCCCUGGACAGUCUUUCGACAUUAAAGACAACGGAACUCUACGGCCCAAGAGCGGAGUGAUCUGCAACAUUAAGCAGUGCUCAUAGUUUAGUCUCUAAUGACAGCUCUUCUGAAAUAAAUGAUCUUGUAUUUGUCAAACAUGUGUCAGAGAAUGUACGUUGUAACAGAGCAAUCACUGGUGAUGACCCUUCAAUUGAUUAACGUUAAUAAAAAUAAAUUAACUCAAAGUGCAUUAAUCAAUAUUAACAAGCACAAUUUUAGAUUUUAUUAGUGCAAUAGUAAAUGUUGAACUAUGAUUAUUAUUAAUCUGCUAAUAAAAUACAAGUAUUAUUAAAUGCUGUACAAGAUUGUUCAUUAGUUCAUGUUAGUAAAUACACUAACAUUAAAUAAUGGACAAUUAUUUUAAGUGUUACCUUAUAAACUUGAAAAGUCAUGCACAAUGGGAGCCAAUGAAAACACUGGUGAAAAUGUUUUGGUUUUGCUAAUUUCAUUCAUUUUUUUAUUAUAGACUAUUUAAUCAGCUGAACAUUUUUUAGUGAAAAGCUCACUUGUAUAAUCCUUCUCAUAUUGAUCACAUCACAUAAUAUAAACAACAGAGAUUAAACGAUGCAUUAAAACAUUUAUAA